AAACUUUCUCGAAAAACUUUUUCCCGCACACUGCUCCAUCUCAAUAAAGAAACGAUCUUUGGCAGUAACAACAAGCCUCAGCCUCUGAAACGGGGAAACCCAACAUGGUGCGUUUAAAACUAGCGUGGAGAAGCCGGUAGAUAGCCGGAGCCAACAUGUCGGACUCUCUGGAGAGAUCUACGAAAAUCAACUUGUUAAAGGAGUCGAUUGUGAAGAAACUUUGUGAGGUGUUGGAUAAAUCAAGCAGUAAAGGAUGGCGAAAACUUGGAGAGAUCGUGAGCAGUGACAGGCGGUUUAAAGUCAGCUCAGAUGACAUGGAGAUGUGUUCCCUCAGGGUGCUGGAGGUGGAAGGCAGCCCCAGCCUGAUGCUGCUGAGGCUCAUGGGAGAGCGAGGCUGCACUAUGGGUCACCUCACCGACUACCUACAAACUCUGGGCAACUCGGACGCCCUGCAGUGCCUGAAACCACCAGCAUUACAGAUCCUCAUUCAGCCACAGUCCGCAGCUCUAAUUUGUGGCCACAAUCUGCGCCUCAGCUGCCAUGCAGUGGGAAAAUCUCCUGUCCAGUAUCAGUGGUUCAAAUCCAGAGAAGAGGUUCCAAACAGCUUCUCUCCAGAGCUUCUGAUAAGUCCUGUCCAGCUGAAGGACGCCGGCUUUUACAUCUGCAGGGUCAACUGUGGCGAUGCUUGUGAAUUCAGCCAGUGGGCUCAGGUGGACGUCCUAAAUGUCACCAUGUCUUAUGCCCCAGGACAGAGUUAUCAGUCCAUAGACGGACGGCUGAAGUUGGCAAUCCAUCCUCAGUCCCAGCGGCUGCAUGUUGGGGAAACCCUGCAGCUGGAGUGUGGUGCUGUGGGCCGCCCGAUCCCUCGAUACCAGUGGCACAGGAACGGAGUGCCGAUCCCAAACGCCACAAAGAGAAAACUUAUGAUUCUCCAGGUAAUGCAGGACCAUCAAGGCAGGUAUCGCUGCGAGAUCAGCAGCAGCACGGAAAGAAUGUGGACCAAUGAAGUUGAUGUUGUGAUAGCACCGAGGAUAUCUGUCCAGAUUUCAGGGGCAAUGGAGUGCUCUGAAGAUGAUAUUUACGCCAUUGGAGGAGAUUCCUGUGAACUUCUCCUAAAUAGUUUGCCUGAGCAGCUUUACGCGACUGACAAAGUGGCCCUGCUGAUCGGUAACCUGUCAUACCAGAACCACCCACAGCUCAAGGCCCCCAUGGUGGACGUGUACGACCUCACAAACCUCCUGCGGCAAUUGAACUUCAAAGUGGUUUCACUUCUGGACCUCACCGAGUCGGAGAUGAGGAACGCCGUGGACGAGUUCCUGCUGCUGCUGCAUAAGGGGGUUUACGGUCUGCUGUACUACGCUGGACACGGAUAUGAGAACUACGGGAACAGCUUCAUGGUGCCGGUGGACGCACCGAACCCGUACCACUCCGCUAACUGCCUGUGUGUGCAGAGCAUCCUGAAGCUGAUGCAGGAGAAGGAAACAGGCCUCAAUGUUUUUCUGCUGGACAUGUGCAGAAAAAGGAAUAUUCAUGAUGAAAGCACUCCGAACAUCGUCCUGAGAGUCACGGCCAACAUUGUCUUUGGAUAUGCAACGUGCCAGGACGCUGAGGCCUUUGAGCUGAGCUCCACGGGUUUCACCAACGGCGUGUUUGUUAAGUUUUUAAAGAAGCGGCUGCUGGAUGACGAGAAGAUCACGGUGGUGCUUGACAGAGUAGCAGAAGACAUGGGUCAGUUUGACGCCACUAAGGGAAAGCAGGCUCUGGAAAUCCGUAGCAGCCUAUCAGAGAGGAGGGCGCUGACCGACCCUAUUCUGCCCAGCGACAGUGCAGACCUCGUUCACGCUCACAGCCGACAGUGGGCAAAAGCUCACGAGCUUCCUGAAAGCAUGAGCCUGAACUUUGACUGCGGCGCUCAGAUCAAGCUGGGCUUUGCCGCAGAGUUUUCCAACGUUCUCGUCAUUUACACCCACAUCGUAAAGAAGCCCGAGGACAUGUCCUUCUGCCAGGCUCACGUCACCGACUUCUCUCUGGACCUUGAUGUUGAUCCAAAGGAAAUGAACAGAGAGACUCCAGAGGAGACGGGGAUCUACCUGCUGUCCAGCAGCCUGCCGCAGCACUGCCUCUACACCAGACUCAGCUCUCUGCAGAAACUCAGGGAGGAGCUGGUUUUCACCGUUUGCCUCCAGGGAACGUUUGCAGCCAUGGACGAUGACCAUCCCAUAUUCUGGACCAAAAGCGUGAACAUCGGGAAGCCGCUGAUCGCCCGGCUGGACCUGCACCGCGCCGUGCGGCGGAACAGCUGCCUGCAGACCUGCAUGAUGCCCCACAGCCCGUCCCAGAGCCCCUGCCACAGUCCGGGCCCGGAGCACCAGCACCAACUGCACCACGGGUCGCACCAGGACUACAACCGCCUGUCCCCGCAGCACCGCUACCUGCACAUCAGCGAGCACGCUCAGGGCGCAGCGGGCGGCUGCGGCUUCUCCUGCUACGACCAGCUCAGCCAGUGCGACUUUGACCGGACCUACGAGUCCGACGGACUCCUGAGCUCCCCGGGGAAGCUGAGCAUCCCCAUCGAGGCGACGGAGGACCUCAACGAGCUGCAGGCCGUGUUCAUCAGCAGCCUGCACCUUCAGCCGCAGUGACACGGAGCCUCCAGCUCGUCAAAGGAUGGAUUUCUGUUCUGCUGCUGUUAAAUUACCUUCUGUACCCUUGAAUUUCUGAGCAUUAGUAGGGUGUGUUUAGGCUUUACAGAGCCCCCUACAGGGGACACAGGGGACUUUUCUUUGUUACCUCACAAAAGUAUUGUGUUCCCUCGCGAUAAAUUAUAUUGCAGGGCCGUUGUACAAAGAAUAAAAAGUACAUUUUUGCCAAAAAUA